AUGGGUGGUGGCGCUGGCCUCGGCGGCGGCGGCGGUGGUGGUGGCGGCGGUCUUGGCGGCUUGGAUACGACCGAUAUGAGCGCCUUCUAUGCGUUGGAGAGUAAUGGCCAUCAUAGACGCUACUAUCCGAGCUAUCAUCAGCACACAUCCCGUAUGCCAUCGUCCCAUACAUCACCGCAAGUGUGUCGGCCGCACUUUCAUCCGCCCCUCGGUUCAUGGCUUACCAGCGAGCAUAAAUCAUUCGCGCCCGCCAGCCCAUGGGGCAGUCCGUUUGCAUGCCCUCAAGAUCCGCAAGUAGACCAUAAGGUUGGCCAAAUUGGCCAGAGCCAUCAGACGGCGGCGGGCCAACAUUCGUUUCCGUUCCCACCGACACCGCCAAAGGAUUCCACACCCGACUCAGUACAAACCGGUCCCUCGGAGUAUCAGGCCGUUGUGAACGCUUUCAUGCACCAGGCGCAAUCCUCCUGCUCUACCUCACUAGCGGACACGAGUUGUGCGCUGGACAUCAAACCCUCCAUACAGAAUGGCCUCGGCAGCCUAACGCACAAUGGCAGCCAGCAGUCGUCGUCGGCGCCAAAGCAACGUGAAGGUACUAACAACAACAACAACAACAAUAAUAAUAACAAUAACACAAAUAACAACAACACAGCGAAUAGUAGUAGUUCGCAAAAUAAUAAUAACAACAACGGCAGCAAUAAUAACAAUAAUUCCGCCUCAGCAUCCAACAGCAGCAGUCACAAUCUACAUACGCACUCGUCCAGUGCCAAUGCCAUCUCCGCCCUUAACGGAUCAAGCCUAUUCGAUGGCACCGCGCAAGCGCACUACGCCAACAGUCUAGGCAACAGUAGUAGCGGCAAUAGUGGACUCGGUUUGGGUGGUAAUGGCCUAACAGCCAAUUCAUCGCUUGGCAGCGCGGGUAGUAGCGCGAGCGCUAUGGGCGGCUAUGAUGGUACAUAUGCCUCUUAUGCGGCGCAUCACCACCUGGCCAACACAUCGGCGGCGGUGGCACAUCAUCAGGCAGCCGCUGCAGCGGCGGCGAAUAUGUUUCAAAGUUCCUCAAUGGCAGCGGCGGCUGCAGCGCGGCAUAGCAUGUCGAGUGGCCAUCAUUCGCAUCAUCAUAUGAUGGGUGGUGCGACGACAGGUUCGUCGUCGGGCCUGGGCCAGAGCCAUGGUGGCAGUAGCGGCGGUGGCGGAGGCGGCAGCGGUGGCCUUGGUCUAGCUGGUUUAGGCGGUGGCAGUUUGGGUGGCAAUAUGUCGGCAGGUAGUCAUGGUCAUGGGCAUGGUCAUGGUCACAGUCAUGUGCAUAGUCAUGCGCAUAGCCAUAGUCAGGAUGUGAAGCCGGCGCGAACGAAACCGAGGACCAGUGCUGAGGGUCGCGAAUGCGUCAACUGUGGUGCUACAUCGACGCCAUUAUGGCGACGCGAUGGCACCGGCCACUAUUUGUGCAAUGCCUGUGGACUGUAUUAUAAAAUGAAUGGCCAAAAUCGACCACUUAUUAAACCAAAGCGAAGACUGAGAUCGAUCAAGCCACCGCCACAGCAACAUUGCCUUCAUGCAUCAUCUGUGUGGCAGCAACAACAGCAGCAGCCAGGCAACGGUGAUCACAUCGAUUGCGUUUAUUCGAUCGGCAAGAAAGUGCGAGCAGCGAUAGCGCGUUAA